CAUGGAUAUUACAGGAGCAAAGUUCAUAUAGCUCCCUGAGUAGUUCUCUCUGUUUUGAUUCAUCACUUGAAAAUCAAAUCAAAUUCAUAACUGACAUCUUGACUCCUUCGACGUUGGACACCUGUUACUUUAAAUCAUAAAAUCUAUCGCUUUAUCUAUGAGCAUAGUUCUUUUAUACUGAAAUGAGAACGGAUUUUACUAUUCGAAUCCAGUCCUUAUCAGAAGCAGAAUCAGUCAUUACAUUGGUACCGAUUUCCUCAAUACGGUCUUUUGUCUAAGCACCUGGAAUCAAAAUGGAGUUGGAGACGGAGACGUUCACUGUCAUGGUAACAACGAUGAUGGAUGUGGCGGGAAACGAGACAGCACCAAGUAACAUCGAAACUAUAAAGUUGGCCACUAAGGUGAUCAACAUCUUUAUUCUCGCAUUCCUGAUGAUCUCCAUGGGGUGUACAAUUGACCUCAAAGACUUCAAAGACACGUUUCGCCAUCCAGCUGGUUUCUUUGUCGGGAUGCUAUGUCAGUUCGUCCUCAUGCCCCUCAUCGCUUUCUGUCUCGGCCUUGCCUUCAGAUUAGAGAGUGCUGGAGCCCUCUCCCUUCUAAUCCUUGCCUGCUGCCCCGGGGGAACCCUCUCUAAUCUCUUUACUUACUGGACAGAAGGGGAUGUCUGCCUCAGCGUAUGCAUGACAGCAGUGUCCACGGCGGUUGCUAUUGGGAUGAUGCCCCUGAAUCUCUUCAUCUAUACCCGAGUAUGGACGGACGACAAGGCAGUCAUCCCGUACGUCAACAUUGUAACCACUCUUAUCACCAUUCUUAUUCCCGUUGUUUUCGGGGUGUUUCUCCGCUGGUGGAAGAAGGAAUUGACUAAAUAUGUCACCAGGGUUGGAAUCAUCUUCUCUUUCAUGUGCAUCAUCGCCGCUUUCGCGCUCAGCUUCAUCUUAAACCCUACGUUCUUGCACGCUGUCUGGCAGCUCUGGUUCUGCGCCGCAUCGCUACCGCUGCUGGGUUACUUCCUCGGUUACGGCAUCGCGUUCUUGCUCCGACAGCCGCACAAGAAGAGCCGGACAAUCGCCUUCGAAACCGGCUCCCAGAACGUUUCUCUGGCCAUGACCCUGACCGUUGUAUCGUUCGCGAACUCGCCCUUGUUUUUCGACAUGUUGUUCUACCCAUCCCUCUACGCCUGCUUUAUUUACAUCGAUUCGUUCGUAGUCAUCGGCAUCUACAAAGCAAUUGUCUACUGUAAGAGCAAGAACGAUCAAUUCAUGGACAUGCGUGUCAACGGUUUCGACGUCGUGCCUGGUGAUGAGGUAGAUGCUGACGAUGACGACGAGGAGGACAUCGAAAACCACCAUGACGUCAGUCGGAAUGAAGAGAAAAGGGCUUUGCAAACAGUCAGUGUAAAUAACUCUGUUGUUCGGAUGGGGGCCGACGGUGACAAGUACCAAAAGAUGUAGAAUGUAAUAUAUUUUUUUUAGAAUCACCCCCCCCCCGAACCUUCUGGAAUUAACAUUUUGUUUAUUGAGUGGUGCAGAUCUUUGCUAUUGAGGUGUCUAGACAAUCGACGGGAAAAUUACUACUUUAUUAAAUAUAGCUUACUCCCUCACGUCCAAGUUUUUAUGAAAUAGGUACAUAUAGUAUCAAAGUAUGUAAUGAAGAUAUUUCAAAACCUUUCGGUAAGAAACAUUUCAAAGUUCAUUGACCCUGAAUGACAUUUUGACCCUGAUCAUGUGACCUGAAACUCCUGCAAGAUGAUCAGUAAGCUGAUUACAUUUAUGUAAAAGUUUCAUGAACUAGGUGUAAACAUUAAAUUAUGAUGACAUUUCCAAACCUUUAGCUUGGUUAAGAUUUCAAUGUUGACGACACCGCCGCUGUCGGAAAAACGGCGCCUAUAUCCUCGCUCUGUUGGGCAGACGAUGAGACAAAAUUUCUCUAUUCCAACUGUUUCUGUUGUAUAGCAGCGCGAGACUAUCGGUGCCGCUUUCCGACGGCGGCGCCGUCAACAUGAAAUCUUAAGGCAUGGUCACACCGCCCGAGCGUUGUUGGAGCGGUCGUG